AUGGCAAUUUUCUCCCAAAGCCCAAAACGCGUGGUUUUCAUCGGCGCUGCUGGCGAGAUGUGCCGGGUCGCCAUCGACCUGUUCGCGAAAGCCAGCACAGCACCUCUAGUCCUAGCCGACAUCAACGAGGCUCUUCUCGAGCAGGUAGCCUCCAGAUUGCCUGCCGGACGCGCAAAUACCCGCAAACUCGACCUGUUCGACCCCGCUGCUCUACGUGAAACAAUCCAGGGUGCCGGGCUUGUCGUACUCGGCGCUGGACCAUACUCUCGAACGUCCGCUCCAGUGCUCGAAGCGUGUCUGGAGGCGAAGGUGCCCUAUCUUGACUACGACGAUGACGUCGAGAGCACUCAGGCAGCGCUUGAAUUGAACAAGAGAGCAAAAGAGUUAGGUGUGCCAUGUUACAUUGGCUGCGGUGCAUCACCAGGCAUGUCGAACGUCAUGGUGAUGGACGCUGUGAAGGACUUGGACACGGUGGACACCAUCGAGAUAUUUUGGUGGGUAGGCGACGAGCGGGGAGGUGGUACUGGCAAGGCUGUCCUCGAACACUUCCUCCAUAUUGCCUCUGGGCCGUGUUUGACUUGGGUCGACGGCAAGCCGAAGAUCAACGAAAGCUUUGUUGAGACAGCCUACGCCCCGCUGAUACCCGGCCACAGCGAGGUCCUCCUCCAUGAAACCGCUCAUCCAGAGCCUGUCACUCUUCCACGGCUCUUCCCAAAGGCUACUCGUAUUCGAUGUCUAGGCGGGGUUGAUCCCAUUCCAGUAAAUGGAAUAGCUCGCGGUAUCGGAAGUGCCGUGAGGACUGGCGCACUCCCGAUGAAGGCUGCCGUUGAUUUUCUCUUUGAUUUGAUGAACAAGCCGCCUUCGACGGAAGGCUGGAGCGCCGCAGUCGGGGCCUUGAAGCAUGAACUAAGGGGAGGAGAGAUCUCGCUCAACGAACUGCUCCAGUUGGCUUCCCACGCCGCUGGCUCUCUCGGUCCAUGGUAUUACGGAAUCUCAGGCAUGAUUGAUCAAGUCCGAAAGGGUGAACUGUCAACAUUCCACCUGCUGAGCUUCCUCGUAAACUCUGCUCGCGGCAAGACCGAGACCCUACGCAGCGGUCUCAUGGUACGAGCUGUUGGAACGCGCCACGGAGCCCCUGCCACGGCCUGCAGGCGAAUUCCCACGACCGGUAAGGACUCUUUCCUGGGCAAGAGCAUGGGCGCUGUCACCGGUUCAUCGACCGCAGCGUUUAUGAUUAUGGCGAUGGAACAGUCGAGUCAGAAGGAUGUCGGCGGUGUCUUUAGCCCUGAAGAUUGGGCCGAGCCAGGAACAUUCUACAAAACUCUGGAGCGGCUAGGCUGCCCGAAGCAUGAGAUUGUUGAAACUAUCUGA